CAAGAUAAGCUUUAAAUAAAAGCUGAAUUCUUCUUUCCAGGUUUAGGGGAAUAUCCUGAUACAUCCUGAAAAUGUUUAACAAAUCCUUUGGAACUCCAUUUGGAGGCAGCACUGGCUUUGGGACAACCUCAACUUUUGGUCAAAAUGCUGGCUUUGGCACUACCAGCGGAGGAGCGUUUGGAACAUCAGCCUUUGGGUCGAACAGCAGUACUGGAGGCCUCUUUGGGAGCACACAGACAAAACCAGGAGGGUUAUUUGGCUCAACCACCUUUAAUCAACCAGCCACCUCCUCCACAAGCACUGGCUUUGGCUUUGGAACAUCAACGGGGACAUCAAACAGCCUCUUUGGAACGACCAGUACUGGUGGAGGCCUCUUCUCAUCCCAAAAUAAUGCUUUUGCCCAGAAUAAGCCAGCUGGCUUUGGAAAUUUUGGAACCAGUACCAGCAGUGGGGGUCUCUUUGGAACCACGAACACUACUUCCAAUCCUUUUGGGAGUACGUCUGGCUCUCUUUUUGGCCCAACUAGUUUUACAGCUGCUCCAACUGGCACGACCAUUAAGUUCAACCCACCAACCGGUACGGAUACUAUGGUGAAAUCUGGAGUUAGCACCAACAUCAAUACCAAGCACCAGUGCAUUACAGCUAUGAAGGAAUACGAAAGCAAAUCUCUCGAGGAGCUGCGUUUGGAAGACUACCAGGCAAAUAGGAAAGGGCCCUCAAAUCCUGUAGGAGCAGGAGCAGCUGCAGGCUUAUUUGGGUCUUCCACUGCUACGUCAAGUACAGCUACAGGACUUUUUGGCUCUUCUACUACUAAUACGGGCUUUUCGUAUGGACAGAAUAAAACUGCUUUUGGAACCAGUACGACUGGCUUUGGAACAGGAACAACAGGGGGGCUUUUUGGUCAGCAGUCUCAAACUACAAGUCUGUUCAACAAACCAUUUGGUCAAGCCACAACAACGCAGAACACUGGCUUUUCUUUUGGGAAUACCACUCUAGGGCAGCCGAACACGAACACAAUGGGUCUCUUUGGGGUAACCCAGCCCUCGCAGCCUGGAGGCCUUUUUGGGACAGCUGCCAAUACAAAUGCUGGUACUGGAUUUGGAACCGGAACUGGUCUUUUUGGACAAGCCAACACAGGAUUUGGUGUUGGCGGUUCGACCCUGUUUGGUAACAAACCUGCUGGAUUUGGAACCACCACGACCAGCGCUCCCUCGUUUGGAACAACCACUGGCGGCGGCCUCUUUGGUUUUGGUGCCAACACUGCUGGAAAUAGUUUGUUUGGAAAUAAGCCUGCAACUGGGACUCUGGGAACCGGACUUGGAACAGGGUUUGGAACAGCUCUUGGGGCAGGACAGACUUCUUUAUUUGGGAACACCCAGCCUAAACUCGGGGGAACGCUGGGAACAGGAGCGUUUGGAGCACCAGGGUUCAAUACAUCAACAGCUACUCUGGGCUUUGGAGCCCCUCAGCCUGCUGUGGCGCUGACAGACCCAAAUGCAUCAGCUGCCCAGCAAGCCGUCCUUCAGCAGCACCUCAAUAGCCUGACUUACUCCCCCUUUGGAGAUUCUCCACUUUUCAGAAACCCCAUGUCAGACCCAAAGAAGAAAGAAGAGAGGCUGAAACCAACUAACCCAGCAGCUCAGAAGGCCUUAACAACACCCACCCACUACAAACUGACUCCGCGUCCAGCGACCAGAGUGCGGCCGAAGGCCUUGCAGUCAGCUGGCUCUGCUAAAUCUCAUCUCUUUGAUGGUCUUGACGACGACGAGCCAUCACUGUCCAAUGGUGCAUUCAUGCCAAAGAAGAGCAUCAAAAAGCUGGUUUUGAAGAAUCUCAACAGCAGCAACCUCUUCUCACCUGUUAAUCGAGAAAAUGAAGACCUGGCUUCUCCUUCGGAGUAUCCAGAGAAUGGAGAUCGGUUCUUUCUGUCAGUGCCUCCUGAUGAAAACCACAGACAAGAUGGUGAGCGAGAGGAGGAGGAGGACUCUCAUGAAGUGACGAGGUUUUACACGAACCCCAUUGCCAAGCCCAUCCCACAGAGCCCAGAGAACACCGUGCAGAGACACCAGAACAACGUGGACGACACCAUCGUGGCUCUGAACAUGCGGGCGGCCCUGCGGAAUGGCGUGGAAGGCAGCAGUGAAGAUGCCUCGUUUCCUGACGAUUCCCUCCAGGAUGAGCGCGAAGAGGAGCCCGAAACUCUGCAUCAUCUGCACCCUGCAGGAAUUGUUCUGACGAGAGCUGGCUAUUACACCAUCCCAUCCAUGGAGGAGCUGGCCAGAUUUACCAAUGACAGAAACGAAUGUAUUGUGACAGACUUCACCAUCGGCCGCAGAGGUUAUGGAUCAAUUUACUUCGAAGGAGACAUAAAUCUGACUAACUUAAAUCUGGAUGACAUUGUACAUAUCCGUAGGAAAGAAGUUAUUGUUUACCCCGACGAUGAAAGGAAACCACCUAUUGGUGAAGGUUUAAAUAGACGAGCAGAAGUUACCUUAGAUGGAGUCUGGCCUACAGAUAAAACAUCUCGUUGCCUGAUCAAAAGCCCCGAACGCCUGGCAGAGAUGAAUUACGAAGGCAGACUGGAGUCUGUGUCUCGGAAGCAGGGCGCCCGAUUCAAGGAAUACCGCCCAGAGACUGGAUCCUGGGUCUUCAAGGUGGCGCACUUUUCCAAGUAUGGCUUGCAGGAUUCAGAUGAGGAAGAGGAAGAGCAUCCUUCCAAAGUGGACUCAAAGAAGCUAAAAACUGCGCCCGCACCGCCCCCAGGGCAUCUGCCACCCCAGCAAAUGACCCUAAACGGCAAGCCAACGCCUCCGUCUCAGAGCCCGGAGGUGGAGCAUCUGGGCAGGGUGGUGGAACUGGAUAGCGAUAUGGCGGACAUCACCCAGGAGCCUCCCCAGGACUCCGCCGUGGAGGAGAGCGCAGUAGAAGAGCAGGAGGCAGUGCCUGCCUCCACUCACAUCGCAUCCACCAUGGGGAUUAACCCCCACGUCUUACAGAUUAUGAAAGCUUCCUUGCUUGCUGAUGAUGAUGACCUGGAUUUGAUCCUGGAUACUUACGGUGAGAAGCAGCCUGUGAAGACGGAUACUUCUCAAGAGAUCUGUUCGCCAAGGCUCCCUAUUUCCAAAUCACAAGGACAGAAAAGAUACUCAGAUCUCACAGAGGCACGACCAGCUUUGCAGAUUGGUUCAGAGUCUUCCAAAAAGUUUGUUGGGCCGAUGUUCUCCAGCAUACCUGGUUUGCUAGCCGAUGGAGGCUCUCACAAACGCACUGGGCUGUGGCUCUCGGAAUCCUCUUUCAAGGUUCACGUGGAGAAGCUGAGCUUGGAACAACGCAAGACGGACAGACGCAGGGAGCUCUACCUCAUCCCUCUGGAGAUAAAGCUGAAACACAGCACUGUCCACAUGGAUGAGCACUGUCCUCUCCUGGCACCCAACCCCGGAGUUUCUGCCAUCCACAGCUACGCUGACUGGGUUAGGAAGGCAGCCGAGGAUCCCGCUGGGACCGAGACUGUUGUGAAACACUGGUGCUUGGCGUGGACUUUAUGUGAAGCAAUUUGGGGGAACUUGAAGGAGUUAGAAGCCAGCUUGGAGGAGCCCAGCGAAUACAUCCUGGCCCUGGAGCGCAGGAAAGCCUUCUCUCGCUGGCUCUCGGAGACGGCGGCGGCACGCAUUGAGGAGGAGCUCUCACUGUCCCGCCACGGCAAUCACGUAGAGGCUGUGUUCAGCUGCCUUACUGGGAAGAGAAUCGGUGAAGCUUGCAGGCUGGCGCAGCAGUCGGGCGACCACAGGCUCGCUCUGCUCCUGGCCCAGCUGGCUGGUAGCCAGCCCCUCCGGGACCUCCUCACCAUGCAGCUGGUGGACUGGCACAGGCUGCAGGCGGACUGCUUCAUCCAGGAGGAGAGGCUGCGGAUCUUCGCCCUGCUUGCCGGGAAGCCAGUGUGGCAUUUAUCAGAGAGAGUGUCAGUCAACGUGUGCUCGCUGCUGGACUGGAAGCGUUGCAUGGCUGUCCACCUCUGGUACCUGCUUCCCCCCACAGCUUCCAUUUCCAAAGCACUUGCCAUGUACGAGUCGGCGUUUCAGAACACAGCAGAGAGCGAAAAAUAUGCCUGCUGUCCUCUGCCUCCUUACCUAGAGGAUUCUGGUUGUGUAAUUGAAGACGACGAUAAUGCAGGAAGACCUUUGAGAGACGUCUGUUUCCAUUUGUUAAAACUCUACAGUGACAGGCACUAUGAUCUUGACCAGCUGCUCGAUCCCAGGAGCGUAACGUCUGACCCUCUGGACUAUCGCCUCAGCUGGCACCUGUGGGAGGUGCUCAGGGCCCUGAAUUACACCCAUCUCUUCAGGCAGAGCCAGGGCGUGCUCAACGCCAGCUAUGCUGCCCAGCUGGAGAGCGAGGGCCUCUGGGAAUGGGCUGUCUUCAUCCUGCUGCACGAGUCUCACACCCCCACGCGGGAGAAGGCGGUGCGGGAGCUCCUGACCCGGCACUGCGCGCUCGCCGAGACCCCCGAGUCCUGGGCCAAGGAGACGUUCCUGACACAAAGGCUCUGUGUCCCCCCGGAGUGGAUUCAUGAAGCAAAGGCGGUUCGAGCGAGGAUGGAGGGUGACAAGCAUAAAGAAGCCCUCUUCUUGUUCAAGGCUGGGCACUGGAACCAGUGUCACAAGCUGGUUGUCAGGCACUUAGCCUCAGAUGCUAUUAUUAAUGAAAACUACAAGUACCUGAAAGGGUUCCUGGAGGACCUUGCUCUUCCGGAGCGUAGCGCGCUCAUCCAGGACUGGGAGGUGGCAGGGCUGGUCUACCUGGAUUACAUCCGUGUUAUUGAGAUGCUUGAUAGGAUUCAGCAGCUGGAUUGUUCCACCUACGAGCUGGAGCGGUUACAUACCAAAGUGACGUCGCUGUGCAACAGGAUAGAGCAGAUCCAGUGCCGCAGCGCCAAGGACCGCCUGGCUCAGUCGGACAUGGCCAAGCGCGUGGCCAACCUGCUGCGCGUGGUGCUGAGCCUGCAGCCCCUGGCCGAGGCCGCCCCGGACCCCCAGCGCGUGCCCCUGCGCCUGCUGGCCCCCCACAUCGGGCGCUUGCCCAUGCCCGAGGACUACGCCUUGGAGGAGCUGCGCGGCCUCACCCAGUCAUACCUGCGUGAGCUGACCACGCGCUGAGGGCUCGUCCUUCCACCGUCCUUCCUCCGAGGGACAGGGUCUGGGGUUUUCACACUUAUCGGCAGGACGAACCACCGGGUCUCUGCCUGCACAGGUUUUUACGUUGAAGUUUUAAAAGAAAAAAAAAAAGUUUAUUCCAUGGGCUGACACAGUUCAUUAUUAUUUUGUGUGUCACCUGGGGGAGUGGUGAGAUGUGUUGGACCUUCCUGCCCGGCGCCGUGCCCCCCCCUUUCUAGAAACAACAAAGCUCGUUUUGCCCGUCCUGCCCACCCGGAGCUGCUACCUGGAGAGGGGCAGGUCCUUCCCCUCCCGCCGUCGCGGCACCGAGGACAUCUCCAUGAAUUCUGGGAUGGUUCUGAGGGCAGAUCCCCCCGUGCCCUGCACCCCACCUGGCUCUAAGCAGGGCUUUAAGCGGGGCUUUGUGGUGAAAA